AUGGAGCUUGGAGAGAUCGUUGUGGUUGAACAUCCCAGUGAGAGGCAGUUGUACGUGGAGCAGAAGCCAAGAGCCCAGGACCUGCUGGGGAGAAGCAGAAAUCGGAUCCACCGAGUUUUUGAGUAUCUCACAGGAGAAAUGAAGGAAUAUGGAGAGUGGAUGAAAAAUAAGCCCCUAACAGUCCAGCUGGUGGACUGGAUCUUGCGAGGAACAUCUCAGGUGAUGUUUGUCAACAACCCUCUCAGUGGACUGAUCAUUUUAGUGGGGAUCUUCAUCCAGAGUCCCUGGUGGAUGCUCACAGGCUGUACUGGAAUGACUGUGUCAACAUUAACCGCACUGGCCCUCAGUCAGGACAGAUCAGCCAUUGCAGCUGGGCUGCACGGCUAUAACGGGAUCUUGGUGGGACUGCUCAUGGCCGUCUUCUCUGACAAAGGGGAUUACUACUGGUGGCUUCUUCCUCCCGUGGCAGUUAUAUCGAUGGCCUGUCCAAUCCUGUCCAGUGCUUUGGGAUCCAUCCUCAGUAAAUGGGACCUUCCUGUUUUCACUCUGCCCUUCAAUAUUGCGGUGACUUUUUACUUGGCAGCCACAGGACACUACAACCCCUUCUUCCCUACAACUCUCAUCAAGCCUGUAACAUCAGUGCCCAAUAUCACCUGGUCUGCAAUCAAUGUGCCACUGCUCUUGCAGUCCAUCCCAGUCGGUGUUGGUCAAGUGUAUGGUUGUGAAAACCCCUGGACUGGAGGCAUCUUCCUUGUUGCUUUAUGUAUUUCCUCCCCACUUAUUUGUUUACAUGCUGCAAUUGGAUCAACAGUGGGGAUGUUUGCAGCACUGAGCAUUGCAUCACCGUUUGAUAGCAUCUACCUUGGAUUACACAAUUACAACUGUGCACUCGCGUGCAUUGCAAUUGGGGGCAUGUUCUAUGCCCUGACCUGGCAGACUCAUUUGCUGUCACUUGCCUGCGCAUUAUUUUGUGCCUACUCUGGAGCAGCUCUUGCUAAUGCCCUAUCUGUGCUUGGGCUGCCACUCUGCACCUGGCCUUUUUGCUUCUCUGCACUUCUCUUUUUGCUGAUAAAUACAGACAACCCAGCCAUCUACAAAAUCCCCCUCUGCAAAGUCACCUACCCAGAAGCCAACCGGAUCUACUACCUGAUAACAAAGAGAAGAGCAUCAGAGAGCAGGAGAGAAGAGCAGAAAAGAAAGGAGCAGAAACCCUCCGGCGACUCAAAAAUAAACACAGGAGGCACCCCCCUGUGUACCCCAAAAAAUCACUCCUCUCUGAGGAUUUCCUACUACAGGUCCCAGUACGUGGUGACCUAUCUUGUCUUGACGGUUGGACCUGAUGAUCUUAGAGGUCAGAACAUCAAAAUGGAAAACAGUGUUGAUGUCAAGAUAGAAACCAUGGGGGAAAGAAAGCCAAUAAAGCAGAAUCCACUGAGCAAAGCUGGGAAGAGAGUCUGCAGAGCUGUUGGGUACAUCACUGGAAACAUGAAGGAAUUUGGAGCCUGGCUAAAAGAUAAACCUCUCAUGAUCCAGUUUAUUGACUGGGUGCUGCGUGGGAUAUCCCAGGUGAUGUUUGUCAACAAUCCCCUCAGUGGUCUUAUCGUAGUUGCUGGCUUCCUGGUGCAGAACCCAUGGUGGACACUCACAGGCUGUUUAGGAACAGUUGUCUCAACUUUAACAGCACUUAUUCUGGGUCAGGACAGAUCAGCCAUUGCAGCAGGCCUGUACGGCUAUAACGGAGUCUUGGUGGGAUUGCUCAUGGCUGUCUUCUCUGCUAAAGGAGACUACCACUGGUGGCUUCUACUGCCGAUAGCACUGGUGUCCAUGAUGUGCCCUGUUUUCACCAGUGCUUUAGGCUCAGUCUUCUGUAAGUGGGAUCUGCCUGUUUUCACCUUGCCUUUCAACUUGGCCUUGACCCUCUAUCUGGCUGCAUCAGGACCCCAUAAUCUCUUCUUCCCUACAACUGUCAUUCAGCCUGCAACAGCAACACCAAACAUCACCUGGACGGAUGCUGAAAUGCCAAUGCUCCUGCAAUCCAUUCCAGUUGGAGUGGGUCAGGUUUAUGGUUGUGAUAACCCCUGGACUGGGGGAAUUUUCCUGAUUGCUUUAUUUAUCUCUUCUCCACUCAUUUGUCUGCAUGCAGCAAUCGGAUCAGCAGUGGGGAUGCUGGCAGCACUGAGCUUAGCAACACCAUUUAGCAAAAUCUACUCCGGCUUGUGGGGCUACAACAGCUCCCUCUCAUGCAUUGCGAUUGGAGGCAUGUUCUACGCUUUCACCUGGCAGACACAUUUGCUGGCAAUUGCCUGUGCACUCUUCAGUGCCUAUCUGGGAGCAACAGUGACAAACAUGUUGUCUGUGUUUGGGAUGCCAUCAGGAACCUGGUCUUUUUGCUUCUCUGCGCUGACCUUCCUGUUAAUAACCACAAACAACUCUGCCAUCUACAAGCUGCCACUCUGCAAAGUCACCCAUCCAGAAGCCAACCGAGCUUAUUAUCUGAAGAUGAAGAAACAUCAGCGGUCUUGCUGUGAGGUAUAAAGACCCAAGAAGAGAGAUACUUUGCAGAUUUUAAGGCAAAAGCACAAGGUGUUUCCCCAAAAA